UUGGUAUGUUACCAACAACUGGUUCCUUCUCCAAGACUACCAUUCCCUCCAACUCCUCUUGCUCUUCCUCUUCUUCUUCCUCCUCCUCAGGACAUCUCGAUCCUUCAGUCCGCUGUUCAUGUUACUGCUAUCGGCUGGGCUUCCUGCAGAAAAAGAGUAGGUUGGACCAGUGUCGGUUAAGCUUGCAUUGAUUGAUCUGUAAACGCUCGAGCCUUCCUGAAAGAUGACGAAGAUUUGGAGGUCUCUCCUGCCGGGAUGCUAUGGAGGUGGGCGAACAGCCGCAUCGAAACAGGCGAAGAAGUUCAUGGCGAAGCAGAUAUCCAUUCCGCGGCUGUCGUACUCCGACCUCAGCAACUCCACGGGCAUGCUGUCGCCGGAGGACCUCUCGAUAUCCCUCGCCGGCUCCAACCUUCACGUUUUCACGCUGGCGGAGCUGAAGGCGGCGACGCAGAGCUUCUCGUCGAGCAACUUCCUAGGGGAGGGUGGGUUCGGGCCGGUCUACAAGGGGUUCGUCGACGACAAGGUGAAGCCGGGGCUGAAGGCCCAGGCGGUCGCCGUGAAGGUCCUGGACUUGGAGGGCUCGCAGGGUCACAAGGAAUGGCUGACCGAAGUCGUCUUUCUCGGCCAACUGAGGCACUCACACCUUGUGAAGCUGAUCGGGUACUGCUGCGAAGACGAACACAGGCUACUGGUGUAUGAAUUCAUGACCCGAGGCAGCUUGGAGAACCACCUCUUCAAAAGGUACUUUGCAUCUCUACCAUGGUCAACAAGGCUAAAGAUCGCGAUCGGAGCCGCCAAAGGCCUCGCCUUUCUCCAUGACAUCGAGAAGCCGGUGAUCUAUCGAGACUUCAAGGCCUCAAACAUCUUGUUGGACUCGGAUUACGAAGUAAAGCUCUCGGACUUUGGUCUGGCGAAGGAUGGUCCCGAAGGAGAUGAAACCCACGUCUCCACUCGGAUUAUGGGCACGCAAGGCUAUGCUGCACCGGAGUACAUCCUGACUGGUCACCUGACGGUGAAGAGCGACGUGUACGGCUUCGGGGUUGUGCUGCUUGAGCUGCUGACAGGCCGGCGAUCCGUGGACAAGAAACGGCCGAGCAGGGAGCAGAACCUCGUGGAGUGGGCACGGCCUUGUCUCAACGAUCCCAGGAAGCUGAACCGUAUCAUGGAUCCCGGCCUAUGCGGGCAGUACUCCGAGCAGGGCGCACAGAAGGCGGCUGCGGUGGCCUACAAGUGCUUGAGCCAUCACCCCAAGUCCAGGCCUCAGAUGUCCGCCAUUGUCGAGACCUUGGAGCCUCUCCUGGACGUGAAGGACAUGCCAAUCGCCCCCUUCGUGUACGUAGUACCGGCGGAGGAUGGAUGCAAAGAAGAAUCAACAAAGAGCGAAGCGAAGAAGAACGGGCACCACCAUCAUCAUCACCAUGGACACCGGCACAAGGUCAGGUCCCCGAAGGCUGCGAAGGAAGGAGGAAACCCACAGCAUCGAACCUCGCCAGAACACCACAAGCAGAACGGAGCAUGAACCUUGAGAAGACGCGGAAUCAUGCAGUAGUUUGGAUUGUAUUGAUCAUUUCCACAUUGCUACGCUGAUGCUCUGAGAUCAGAAACAGCCAUCGGUGUGGUUGUAUAUAUAAGCACUUGAUAUAAUGCUCAGGAACUGCAACCAAAUCUAUAGAUGAUAGAUUGUCAUG